AAGCUGCCACCUCUCUCCCGCCGCGGCGAAGCGAAGUUCUCGUCCCCGCCGUGGGGUUUAAAGUUCAGGCUAACUGCAGCGAGGCUAGCAGCCAGUUAGCUCCGGGUGGUCGCUCACAAUGGCAGCUGUGUGUCCGCCUCGACGGGCCCUGAUGGAGAUACCUGCCCCACAGCCCAAAAUAGCAGCUCGGAUGAGGAGGUCCUACCUGGAGAUUCUAGGCGCUCGCUUAACACCAUCUCCACUUCCGAGGGGCCGAAGUGCAUCUGCGAGCACCAGGCGCGUGCACUCGUUGGACUUGCCCAUCGGCGGCGUGUGGACUGGCAGAAUAGAGGAGCCGUGUGAGAAGAUGGACGAGCACCAAACCCCGAUCUCCAAACAGCAGCUCGUGCAGCUGAUCAGAUCCCUCAUCUUGGUUGAACAGAGCCAAGAGCCCAGGGUCCUGGCCUCGGACUUGAAGUAUCUCCAGGAAGACCUGCAGCUAAAGAAGGCCAACGUUUACCGGUCCAUCCCGUACUCGCGCUUCGGCUCCAACCGAGAUGCUCACUGCUACAGGAAGGCGUAUCCCCACCUGGUGGCGUUCAAAGUCUCCUGUCAGGAGUGGGGCCAAGUCCUUCUGAGGAACAAAGAGUGGGACGCCAUGUUGGAGCACACGCUGAUGGCGUGGCGCUACACCAGCGAGCUGCCGCAGUGGGACACGGCGAACCACAACGCGGUCCGAGAGCAGUGCUACGGCCUCCUGGCAGCUCACAGCCUCACCGCUCUCCAGCACUACCAGCCUGAAACAACCAGAGGACGCGAGCUGCUCAGAAGGUUGAAGAUGGCGCAGCUGUACAGCCAGUCAAUCGUGCCCUGUAUUCAGGAGCUGCAGAGGAUUAUGGGAUGUGCAGAAGACUCCUCUGUGGAUUCCAAAUAACAUGAUAAAACCUAUUCAAACGUGUGGCUGUGCUCAUGUCACACGGGUGCUUUACAGAUGAUCUGAUAACUUUGAGACAAAGGGCCAAAAAUGUGUUGGUGAAACCACUUCAGUGUUCUUCCAAAAUGCAGGGUAGAAACUACAGAAGUGAGAUUUCAGAUUACGCAGGUUUACGAGGGUCCAGUGAGGACACACAUUUGAAAUCACUGAUGUUACGGGAAGUGUAACAUCUGUUGUGUCGCAUGGCAUAAUGUAUAUCAUUAAUGUAACAUGUUAAAGACCCUGUUACAAAAGCUGUAGCUCAACAUGAUUAGAAUCUUUUGUACUUUUUUAGAAAUUUGUAUAUGAAAACUUUUGUAUUGACCUUUGAAAUGUAAAAAGUAUGAAAUGGCCUUUUCUUGUUGCUUUCUGUGUGUAUAUUGUCUCUAUUACUGUUCUCAAUACUUGAAAUGAAUUCAUCUGUCUGUAGUCAUGUUUUGUAUGUUGUGUGUCUUGUACAGAAUUGUCUGUGUCACCGAUUGCACUGUUGCAGUUUGUCCUGAAAACUUGAAUUUUUUUGAUAAAAUAGACCCUUAAUUUAAAUAAAGUCAUGACUUUACAAGAGAAA